AUGGCAUUGUGGCAUUUUUCCCUCAUCUUGGUUCACUCCUUCUUAGAAAGGGUGUGGAACCGAACCUCCUCCUUAUAUAUAACUCUCUACUUCUUUGCUAUUGGAGACAACAUAACCACAGCCACCCAUAACACCUUUCACAUCCCCACACCUCAAACCCUCAUCCUCAUGGCAUUGUGGCAUUUUUCCCUCAUCUUGGUUCACUCCUUCUUAGGUGUCGAUGCUGCGGUUUUUACAUUGCAGAACAGAUGUGAGGGGAUUAUAUGGCCAGGGAUCCUAGCAAAUGGUGGAAUACCUCAACUAGCCAACGGUGGGCUUCAAUUAAAACCACAUGAAUCAGUAGAUAUCAAUGCACCUACCGGGUGGUCGGGCCGCUUUUGGGCCCGUAGCGAAUGCUCCUUUGAUCAAUCGGGCCGAGGAAGCUGCACCACCGGCGACUGUGGUGGCAUCCUUCAAUGUGAUGGGGCAGGUGGUGCACCACCCGCCUCGCUUGCUGAGUUCACCCUAGAUAGCCCACUUGACUUCUAUGACAUUAGCCUCGUUGAUGGAUUCAACAUGCCAGUUUCAAUAGUCCCUUCUAGUGGAUCUGGCAAUUGUAGUGAGUCAAAGGGUCGUGUCGUGGCGUGUAAGAGUGCGUGUAUGGCUUUCAACAAGUCGGAAUAUUGCUGCACCGGCGAGUAUAAUGACCCCAAGAAAUGCAAGCCGACGAAUUAUUCGGAGGUGUUCAAGGCUGCUUGUCCAACAGCUUACAGCUAUGCCUACGAUGAUGCCACCAGCAUUUUUACCUGCAAAGGAGCUAAUUACCUGAUUAGAUUUUGUUAA